AUGGCUUCCACUACUGCCGAGGGCGUCAAGCUCAUCAGCAUUACCACCUCCGAUGGUGUCGAGAUGAAGGUCGAGCGCCCUGUCGCUGAGCGCUCCAUCCUCAUCAAGAACUUGCUCGAGGAUCUCGGUGGUGAAUCCGAGGAGUCUAUCCCCAUCCCCAACGUAAACGAGGCAGUCAUGAAGAAGGUUGUCGAGUGGUGUGGCCACCACAAGAACGACCCUCCCGCCACCCAGGACGACGACUCCGACUCGCGCAAGAAGUCCACCGACAUCGACGAGUGGGACCAGAAGUUCAUGCAGGUCGACCAGGAGAUGCUUUUCGAGAUCAUCCUCGCCGCCAACUACCUGGACAUCAAGGCUCUCCUUGACGUAGGAUGCAAGACCGUCGCGAACAUGAUCAAGGGCAAGUCACCCGAUGAGAUCCGUAAGACCUUCAACAUCCAGAACGACUUCACCCCCGAGGAGGAGGAGCAGAUUCGCCGCGAGAACGAGUGGGCCGAGGACCGCUAA